UUUUGGAGCAACUUUAAAGGAAGAGACUCUAAAACUAAGCUUCUUCCUCCAUGUCCGAGCUCUCUCAGACGUCGAUCUGGAUGUUUAGAACUGCUCUAAAAAGAUUUCAGAACAAAUGGAAAUCGUACAGACACCGAUUUGUCCCAUGGGUUGUACUGAACCUGUCUAAAAAUGAGAAAACGCUGCGGCAGGUGACGGAGCGCUCGAAAGACAAACAGGUCCCAGAUGAGGAGGUUUCGCAGAGCCUGCUGCAACUCUUCAGAGUCCUGCUCAGUAAUGGGGCAAAUAAGGGGGGACUCCGAGCAGCUCCAACCCACUUUUUCAGACAGGUAACAAGUGAAGAAUACCAGUGUGGAGGAAAUCCAGUGUGUGGAGAUGAUGCCAUGUUACAGUCUCUUGGAUUCUGUAUUGACCGGAAACCUAGCACUUUGCCCUUUGCAGGAACUGGAGUGUUUGUUACCAAAGGAUUUGUACCCAAAGGAGCUACAGUGGCUAUGUAUCCUGGUACAGUAUAUCAAGACUAUGAGCCAAUUCUCCUCCAGUCCAUCAGAAACCCUUUUUUAUUCAGGUGUAUUGAUGGUGUCUUGGUUGAUGGAAAUGACAAAGGCAUAUCCAAAAUGGUGUUCAAGUCAUGCAGUGGCAGGGACAGAAUAGGGCCUUUCAUGAUGAGUGACACCAGCUGGCUGACAGCCAGUCCACAAAACCCACUUGCUGUUGGUCAGUAUGUGAACAACUGCUCAAAUGAGUUGCCUGCUAACGUGUGCUACCAGGAGUAUGACGUGCCGGACACAUUUCCCAUCGAGCUCCGCCUGUAUCUGCCAAAUGUCAACUACAGCCAUGACACACAGAGGCCUCUACGCUGUGUUGUCCUUGUAUCACUCAGAGACAUUACAGUAGGGGAGGAACUCUUCUCCAACUACUACACCAUUGUGCAUUAGAGACUGUUUUCUUCAGAGUCAGAACUGAAGAAAACAAUACUAGCAUUGUCUGUCUUCCUAAGGGGAAAAAUAAUUGUGUACACUCCGCAUUGCACUGGAAUAAAGGCAAAGAUGUAAUGUAUGAAUUAAUGUAUUCCGGACACAAAACUGCUCUUAUUUGACAGUGUUGACGGGUAUUUUAAAAAAUGUAUAGAAAAAGCCAAGGUUAAUUGGGCCAGGGAAACAGACCUGAGCACAGUGGUGUGUCCAGACCUUUUUGACUGGGGUGGCCCAAGUUGGCCACUGACUUAUGCAGUGUUGGAAUAGCAUUAAUAUACAGUAGGGGAUUUGUUAAUCUUUAACAGGGGAGACAGUUCACCAGUGAGAUGGCUUGUCCCCAGUGGCUAUACUGGUGUUCUACUGGCAACCAACUAAGAAAAGCAGCACCACACAUCCAACAGUUGCCCUCCUGCCAUAUGUAACAUUAUAGGCUACUCUAUAUUAGAAAUGUAUAGAAAAUAAAUGGGAGGUAUCUUUAAAGCGUAGGCUACUUACUUGUGCCUGCCUACACAUAAAUGGCAAGCUUUUCCCAUAAUA